CGAUCCUAUAUUAUAUCUGCCGGUCUUCGCUCUAAUCGUCUCAGAUCAUCCACACUCUCAUCUCACUCCACCAUAACUCUCUUCACGAUGCUGUUCGGUAAGAAGAUCCCGAAGGCCCCGGAGGUCCUCACGCCUUUGCAGGUCAAGCGCCGGCUUGAACUGGCUGAGCCUGCUGAGCGUGGUGGCAAUCCGUACUCCCCACCCGGCGGUGGCGCCGAGGUGAUUGAGUACCCAAAUCUGAACUCUCGCGAGUCUAACGACAGUGUGUGGAUGUGCUGUUGUUGUGGGCACGAGACUCCGCUGGUUCACUUCAAGGGCGCGUACCCAUUCAAGCGCCUGGGGUGCGGUAGCUGCAAUCAUGUCUUGUGCAAGCACUGCGAGACGACAGAGACCAUCACCCCAUCUCAGGGCGAUGACUUCGCACCAACUCAAGAUGAGGCUGAGUUGCGUCAGCUCCAGGUCUGUCCUUCGGGCCACCUGUCUCAUCGUGCUGUAAUCCCUGCAACAGACCACCGUGGUAAGCGUCUCUGUUGGCUGCCGACGACAUCUGUCUCUCACGCUGAGAUGUGUUCUUGCGGUGAGCUGGCCAAAUGCAACUGGCAGAAGUACGUCAUUGGCGAGACAUGGACGUAUCUACGGGAGCCGAUGAAGGCGGCGCAUGAGCUACAGGAGAAGCAGAUGAAGAAGAAGAAGAUGGCAAUGACAGCUUCAAAUCAUCCGCAGAAGCGUCCUGAGCCAGUGGAGAAGCGCGCUGAUUCUUUAUGGGAGCGUCGGGGCCUUCGACGCAUGCAAGCUCUCAACCCCUCACAGGAUGCUUAUAACUCUAUUCAGAACACACCAGCUUGCUCACCGACUCGCAUGCGGACACAGCCGAUGCCUGUUCCGCAGAUUCGGCGCCCAGAUUUGACCGUGAACACCAGCACAUCUUCGCUCAAGCGCUCUGGGGCACAGCGUGGCAAGCCACCCUCGUACACGCCUCGCUCGGCGACGUACCAGGAGUCGCCUGUCACGUCUCGGUCACCACCUUCUUGGCGCGCUGAAACGUGGGCAACUGCUGAGGGCCACCAGCGUGCCCAUGAAGUCGCGGAAGCUGCCCUGCGGUCUUCGCUCGAUGCUCGAUUUGAUCCUGAUGAAGAUGAAGAUUCAUAUGCACAAGCUGGUGGGAAUCGAAUUGCGCAGUUCGUGCGACCAGCGACAGCUAUGACCAUGCAUGCGCCAAAGCCAGUUCGACGAGCUGUGACUUACGACACUCUCCUUCAAAAUGCUGAAGACGUGCCUCGCAACCCUCUUCUUGUCCAGACGGACAUGGUCCUGGCAGCAGAAGUCGGAACUCCGACACACAUCAUGAUCGCCGAUGAGAUGGCGCAGGAGAAGACUGACGAACAAGCGACGGAGCAACAAUUGGAUGAAUGCGUCCUCCUGGAGUAUUUGGGCCCCUUGGGUGUUACCUCCUCAAGCACCAACGAAUGAUCGUCGGCCGGGCUUUAAGGAGUACUAUAAGGAGAUAUGUCAGUGAAAUCCGUAAAAAGACGAGAACAAAAAC